GUCAUCAUCAUGCAGUGCUCAUGCAAUGCAAUUCUGAUUCAAGAAGUCGAGCAGCACUCACGUUCUUGCCUCUUGAUGCGCUCAUGCCAAUGCCAAUGACCACUUUUCUUUUGAGGUGAAAGGAUACGUGGAGCCGCAACCUGCGACCACAAUGGCUGCUCCAUGGCAUGUCCAAAUGCAGGCCACGCUGCUCCGCAAUUGGAGGAUCAAGACGCGUGAUGGGGGGAGGACGUUGCAGGAAAUCUUUCUGCCCAUGUACAUAUUGCUGCUGCUGGUGUUCAUGAAGGUGGUGCAGCCAGUGCUAAAUUUGCCCGCGCUCCCCAGCCAGCCAAUCACUGACGCUGUGUGCAACAAUCUGGACGGGAGUGGCAGUGCAUGCUGGGAGCUGGCUGACCGCUCCUAUGAAGAGACAGUGCUCGGCUUUGUUCCUCCGGGGGCGGCGAUUCAGACCGUCGUCCAGGGUGCCGCAAACUUUCUGGAAGCCACCUAUCCCGGCCUUCCGACGCUGACCGUUAGAGGGUAUGCGACGGAAGCCGAGCUCGUCACAGCAUAUAACCAGAAUGCUGGGACGGUCUAUGCCGGCCUGGUCUUCAACAUACCUGAGCAGGCUACCGCACUGCCAUCAGACAUUGAGUACACAAUCAGGAUCAACGGCUCCUACCUUCCUUCUUCAAAUGACAACGACUCACCGGUAGACAAGUCCUCAUGCCGUGCACCAGAUGCAGGCAGCUAUCAGUUCCCCACCGCGUGCCCCACACAAAAGUAUCUGACGUCAGGUCUGCUAGCUCUGGAAGGGGCUGUGGCCCACGCUCUUGCGGCCGCCGAGCUGCCCGAGUCGUGUGGGGCAGCGGGAGCGGGCUUGGGACACAUGCACGCACAACAAAGGCCGCUGCCGCCCUAUGACAAGGGGUUCGCAUCUGUCCGGUUCCGUUUGUUUGCCGCCAUGUACAUGGUGUGGGCCCUUGCUCCCGUCCUCCAGAGUGUCGCCAGCGAAAUCGUCCACGAAAAGGACGCACUCAUCAAGGAUUGCCUGCUGCAAAUGGGCCUCAUCGAGUCCGUCUACUGGCUAGCCUGGCUGCUCACGUUCGCAGUCACAGCUGCCAUCACCACAGCGGUUGUGGUGGCCAUUGCAUGGGCGACCGCCCUAUUCGAGGCCUCCAGCGUAGCGCUCAUGUUCCUGCUGGUGUAUCUCUUCCUGCUCUCCUUGGUCGCCCUCGGCCUCGCCCUCAGCGCGGUCUUUACCAAGGCUCGCUCCGCCUCCGCGGCCGGCUUUUUGCUCAUGGUGCUCGGCAGCCUGGCUAUCUUCCCGAUUGACCUCUUCAACCUGCCGUCCGGCGUCUGCGGCAUCCUGGCCCUUUUCUCCCCGGUCGCUUUCGUGCUGGCCAUUGACACCACUGUGAUCGCGGAGGGCAGCGGGGACGGCAUUCACGGGGGAUUCCUCUUCUCGCGAACGGUGGGGAACGACCCGGGCGAUCCGAUGCACCCACUCAGCGUGGGCGGGGCGCUCUGCCUCAUCGUGACGGACACGAUUCUGUACUUGCUUCUGGCCUGGUACCUGGACAAUGUGUGGCCACACCCGGGGCGGGGAGCCAAGCGGCCCUGGAGCUUCGUGCUGGAUCGAGCCUACUGGUCUCCCCCCCCGGAGGGCUACCAGAGGCUGGGCAGCCGGCGCAACACGGAAGGGGGGGUCGUGGAGCUGGAGCAACUAGACGGGGACGACGGGGAGGACGAUGCAACCCGGUCCGACCUCCAAAUCGCGAUCCGAGAGGACAACCCCGACGAAGAGCCCGUCGAACCCUCUCUCGCCGGCAAGGUUGCGAUCGUCUUCUCCAAUCUCCGGAAAGUAUACCCACCUCGCCGGCACGGCCUCAUCGGCCGCUCGGUCGCUCUGCUGACGUCAUGGUGGCCGUUCGGGCGGGGGCGGGGCGGGGGAUACCAUCGGCAACGGGACAGCGCAAAGCGAACGAGCAAACCGACGGUCGCGGUCAAGGGCCUGACGAUGAGCCUGUACGAGGGGCAGCUCUUUGCGUUCCUGGGUCACACCGGAAGCGGAAAGAGCUCAGUGGCGGGCAUGCUGAUGGGGCUGGUGCGACCCACGUCGGGGGAGGCGUAUGUGUACAGCCACAGGGUAUCGCAAGCGGGCCCCGCCCUUCACAGCGGCUCGCUCCUGGGCGUGUGCCCGCAAAGCAACAUCCACUCGGGCUUCCUCACCGCCGCCGAACAGCUCGUCUACGUCGCGACCAUCAAGGGCGAAAACUCGUCUCUCUCGCACACUGCUCCCGGCCCCGACGGUACGACCGCGCCCGCGCCCAACGUGGACCAGACCGUUCAGUCGCUUUUGGCCGAACUAGGCAUGGCUGCAAACGGCGACGACUUGGCCCGUACACUGGACGAGAGUGCGCGUCGGAAGCUGACGGUCGCAUUGGCGCUGGUAGGAGACCCGCACGUGGUCGUGCUGGAUGAGCCGACGAGGGGCUUGGACGCGAUUUCAAGAAGCCAGGUGUGGGAGGCGCUCCUGCGGCGUCGCGCGGGCGGGCAGUGCGUGGUGGUGACUACGGACAGCAUGGAGGAGGCGGACGUGCUGGCGGACCGCAAGGCCAUCCUCUCGCAUGGCGUCGUCAAGUGCUGCGGCUCCAGCCUCUUCCUCAAAAACAAGUUUGGUCUUUCUUAUCUACUCCACGUAACAAAGACCGACAGGUUCGACGCCCCCUCCGUUCUGGGUCUGAUCCAGUCGUCCCUUCCCGAGGCCAUCCCCGUCCCCGGAACCAGGGGGGACCACGCCACUUACCGAUUACCCCUCGGAAGGUCCUCGGAAGUUGCUUCUAUGAUGAUGGAACUGACGGAGCGGGCGGAACAAGUGGGCGUGGCGGGGGGCGCGCUCGAGUCCACCACGCUCGAGGAGAUCUUCAUGCAAUUUGCAGGAGAAGCUGAGGAGGAAGCGGCCGCCCUGCCGCCCCUCCUCGAGUCCGCCGCGCACCGUGCGCCGCCCGACGAUGACGACACCACGCAUGAGAGUCUGCUGCACCAUUCCGCCGAAGAGGACGGAACUUCCGGUGCAGACGACCGGAUCGACCUCGGGUUUGACGCCGACGCUGCAGGGAAGCGCGCCACGUUCCGGCAGCAGUUUGUGGCGGUGGUUAAGAUGCGGGUUAAGACGUACCGGCGGAGUCCCGGGCUGCUGUUCAACACGCUCGGCAUGGCGCUCAUCUUCACGCUGGUGGCCAUUCUGGUACAAGUCGCGUACAAGGACACGGCGGAAGACCCGGUCCACCUGGUGAACCCUGCUUACGGCAACGACGUCCCGAUCUACUUUUCACCCCCAGAUGGCGCACAGAACGUGUCUCAGGUCACGACCGUCUUGCGCAAGUUCGGCCCCAACAUCCAGCAGUACGACUCCGCCGCCCUCGCGGCCGCGCUCUCCUCGGCCGCCUCGGGGGAUCCCUCCGACUUCGUUGCCGUCUCGUUCGACGCCCUGGACCUGCCCGGUUGUUCCGCCCAGUACACGGUACUCUAUCAACCGUGGCAGAUGCACCAGCUGCCGACGCUGGCUUCCAUGCUCGACGCGGCGAUUCUGGAAACGAUGAACGAUCUGGUCAGCGGCGCGGUGACCACGCUCUCGGUGUGGUCCAAAGCGUUGCCGUACCUGGAUGCGGAGUACGUCUUUGGCUACUUCGUUGGGGCGUUCGUGUGCCUUAGCACGCUCAUGAUCCCGCCGCAGCUAGGGGGGCAGGUCGUCUCGGAGCGCGAGAUCGGGCUGCGCCCCCUGCUGCGCGUGGCGGGCUUGCGCAGCUUCCCCUUCUGGUUGGGCACGUGGCUGGGCGACGCGCUCUUCAUGGCCAUCACGUACCAGCUCAUCACCGUCCUGGGCUCCUGCUUCGGGCGCACGCCGUUCCUGAAACCCGCCAUGCUAGUUCUGUUCGUGCUCAACGUGCUGGCGCCCAAGGCUCAGCUGCUGAUGGUCUACGUCUGGACGUUCGGCACGCGCAAUGGCCUCGCGGCGGCGUCCAACCUGUCCGUGCUCUUCUUCACAGCCGCCGUCAUUCCCUACUUCUUCAUGCUCACCAUCUGGGCCGACGGCACCUCGUCGAUCGUCCCCUUCCACACGAUCAUGUCGUUCAUCAAUCCCCCGUAUGCGCUCCUUGCGGGCUACCACUUCAUCAACUACACCAACGCACGGCUGACGGGCAAAAACGGCGAGGGCCCGCCCGCCAGCGUGUCGGCGGGGGCGUACUUCCAGUGGGACACGCAGAUACCGGUUACGCUGCUUGGGCUGACCACAGCAGCCGCGCUUUACGCCCUGAGACUGUGGCACUUGGAGGUGAAAGCUACAGAGCCCGAGACUCGGCAGGAAGCGCCGGUCGAGCUCUCGGACGCCGCCGCGGAGCCUCCAUUAGAGCCGGAGGUGGCGGCGGAGAAGCAGAAGGUGGUGCAGAAAGGCGCGGCGUGGGAAACGCUGGCGCAGAACGACACGGCUGUGCAGGAGCAGGAGGACGCGCUCACACUGUGCUAUGGGCUGGGAAAGACAUAUCCACCGGUCUUGGAAGACACGGAGAUCUCCCCCCCGGUGGUGGCGCUGCAGAACUUCUGGCUGUCGGUGGGGGCUGGAGAGACCAUCGUGUUGGUGGGCCCUGCGGCUGCGGGCAAGAGCACGCUACUGAGCUGCUUGGCGGGGACCACUGAGGUGACGCACGGCGACGCGCUCAUCUGCGGCCAGAGCGUGCGCUACAGCUACGAGUUCGGGAACGGGGGGAAGGUCGGCUUCUGCCCGCAGGGAGACGUGGUGGCCGGAGCUAUGACUGUACGCGAGCACCUCCAAAUGUUGUGCACCGUGCGCGGUCUCGCCGCGUCGGGCUCUCUAGCAGUCGACUCGGCGUUGCUGUCUGCGGAGAUUUCUGCCGAGGAAGCCAAGCAGCUGGCCCGCAACGCGCCACCUGGCACGCUGAGGAAGCUCCAGCUGGCGAUGGCGCUUCUAGGCGGCCCGCGAGUGCUGUUGUUGGACGAGCCCACGUUCGGCAUGGAUGCGGCAGGGCGGCAGGCCGUCUGGUCCCAGAUCAAGGCUGGCUCCGCAGGGCGGGCGACGCUCAUCUGCACCAGCUCGGUCGAAGAAGCGGAAGCACUGGGGACCCAGGUGGGCGUUCUGGUGAAGGGGCGGCUUCGAUGCCUGGGCUCCCCCCAGAGCAUCAAGAAAAAGUACGGCAGCGACUACUCGCUCAUCGUGCGCGCGCAUCCCUCCAAGCUGCCCGCUAUACGCACCUUCAUCAACACGCUCUUCCCCUCCCCCUCGACGUCGUCCGGGCGCGAAAACGGCGGCCCGCGCAGCUUUGCUUCGGAGAGCGACUCGGGGGGCCAAGCGCGGUUUGGUGUGCCGAUCCAGACCUUGCCGGAGCUGGCCAUGUUGUUGCAUGAAUUGGAGACGAAGCGGGCGAGCUUGGGGAUAGAGGACUACUCUGUGAGCCAACCGACUCUGCAGCAGGCGUUCUUCCGGCUUAGCAAGGAUGACGCCGGCCAGCACGCGGGCUAGGUCGGUUCAGUCGUGGACAGGCGGAACCGGGAAUUAUUCUUCUGAGCGUACGCUCCUCCUUUCGGCGCCAUUUGUGGCACCUUCGAAACUUUUCUACACGCAGCGUCGACGACCAGUCCUGCCGUGCUCGACGCUUCACGAGUUAGAUGUCUCUAUAAAUGAACGCACAAACCGGAAUAUGCAGAAUGUUCCACUUAUUGCGAGUCCAGUCGAACCCGUAAAUGAUGAGUACUUGCCGGCCGUCCAUUUCACGUGUCUAUCGAGCAUACACACCGAU